CCGUGACAGCCUUGCAAGCAUACCGCAUUGAACCACUUGACUCUCAAAUCUUGCCUCCUGAGUCUCGAGUUUUGACUGGAAAAGCAAUCAGUUUGCGCUUCAGUAGCGCUUGCUUGAGAGUUGAGUAGGUGAAGCGCUAGAGCUGUCGUUCAGCGUUCUCCGCGUUUCGCAGUGACGGGCAAUUGACACGCUCUGAGGCGCGCAGAGUUGGGCGGAUAUUUGUUGAAAGCUAAGGGGCUUUUGUUGGCAGAACGAGACGGAUUCUUGUGCAACGCUUUGUAGAGAAGGGCAGGCGAAUCUUAUUUCUGAGGGCAAAGGAUGGCUGACGACGGCUCGUCACCCAUGAAUGACGGGACUCUGCCGCCUGAAGAUAGCGGAGGCGCGCCGGCUCCAAGGCCAGGCGCAGGCCUCCAUUUCGACACCGCAGAGACUCCUGUGGAGCCCGACUCGGACCCCCCCCUCAGCCCCCAGGCCAGCCAGCGCUCUCUCUCCCCCCCGCGGGCCACCCCUUCCGCCGGCACCCCUUCAGCCCCCCGCUACGACGAUCCCGGGACACCCUCCGCAGCGGGGGGGUCCCAGUCACUCAGCAGGGGCACCCCCUCUGUGCGCGGGACUCCUUCUAUGAAUGGGGCGUCGUCUGCGGCGAGGGGUGCCAGGGCAACGCCGUCGGUGAAUGGGACGCCCUCUGCCAGGGGGGGUGGUUUUGCUGAGUUUGGGUCCCCUGGGAGCGAGGGGAGGUCGGCUGGCAUCAUGGGCACGCCGUAUAGGCAGACGCCCAUCCUUCCGCGGGGCGACCUUGGCUCCCGCGGGCGUCGAUACAUGCCUGGAGCGCGCGCCCCGACUCCGGCUUCAGAGUUUGGUGGCAGCCAGGGCUUCCCUGACUCGCCGGCGCCUGACACUGCCGCCGGGACGACCUACAUUUGGGGCACGGACAUCGACAUAAAUGAGUGCAAGUGGCAGUUCCGCCGCUUCAUGAAGGACUUCAAGGACAGCCCUGAUGCUGCGCACUCCAAGUAUGGGCGGAUCCUGGAGGAGACGGUGGCAGAGCAGAGCGGCUUUAUGAACAUCGACAUGGCUGACGUGUUAGCUUUCAACGCGUGGCUGUACCGCAUCACCGUGCGCUACCCGGUGGAGCUCAUCCCCAUCUACGAUGACGUCAUCAAGGAGCUCGCCGCCUUCUUGGACGACCACUACGCGCGUGGCCUCAUCCUCAUCAGGGUGAGGCCUUACAACCUGAGGGACAAAGUCAACAUGCGUGAGCUGGACCCCAGUGACAUCGACCAGCUGGUGAGCAUCAAGGGCAUGGUCAUCCGGUGCAGCGCGGUCACCCCGGAGCUCAAGUAUGCCUACUUCAAGUGCCUCGUCUGCGGCCACUCGCCCGAUCUAGUUCACGCCACCAAAGGCCGCAUCCAGGAGCCGACCGUGUGUGCGCGCCCCGAGUGCGCGGCGAAACAGUCCAUGUCCCUCAUUCAUAACCGUUGCUGCUUCGGCAACAAGCAGACCGUCCGGCUGCAAGAGACCCCGGACGCAAUUCCCGAGGGCGAGACGCCGCACACCGUCACGCUCUGCUUCUUCGACAAGCUGGUCGACGUCGCGAAGCCGGGUGAUCGAGUGGAGAUCACCGGGGUGUUUAGGGCCGCCCCCGUGCGGAGCAGUCCCAUCCACCGGACGCUGAAGUCGCUCUACCGGACGUACGUGGACGCGGUGCACGUGAAGAAGAGCGACGAGAACCGUAUGCAGGCGGAGGACCCCUUCGAGCGCGACGCCACCAACGAGAACUUCACGCCCUUCUGCGAGGGUGACGUCAGGAAGGAAACUCACGAGGAGAAGAUAGAGCGCUUGAAGCGCAUCUCACAGGAGUCCGACAUCUACGAGAAGCUGAUGCGGUCCGUGGCCCCCAGCAUCUGGGAACUGGACGACAUCAAAAAGGGGCUGCUCUGCCAGCUCUUCGGCGGGACGACCAAGAAGUUUGAGAACUCCGCCAACGGCUCGUGCCGGGGCGACAUCAACAUCCUUCUGUGCGGCGACCCCGGCACGUCCAAGUCCCAACUGCUGCAGUACGUGCACAAGCUGGCCCCCCGGGGUAUUUACACCAGCGGCCGGGGCAGCUCAGCCGUGGGGCUGACGGCAUACGUGACGAAAGACCCCGAGACCCGGGAGAUGGUCUUGGAGAGCGGAGCGCUGGUGCUGAGCGACCGGGGGAUCUGCUGCAUUGACGAGUUUGAUAAGAUGUCCGACAACGCGCGGAGCAUGCUGCACGAGGUGAUGGAGCAGCAGACGGUGUCGGUUGCCAAGGCGGGCAUCAUCGCGACUUUGAACGCGCGGACGUCCGUGCUCGCGAGCGCCAACCCGUCCGGCAGCCGCUACAACCCCCGACUGUCCGUCAUCGACAACAUCCAGCUGCCCCCCACGCUGCUAUCCAGGUUCGACCUGAUCUACCUGGUGCUGGACAAGCCGGACGAGCACAACGACCGGCGGCUCGCGCGCCAUCUGGUCGCGCUGCACUACGACGUGCCCGAGGUCCAUGCUGACGUCGACAUCCUGGACACCGCCACGCUGACGUCAUACAUCACGUACGCGCGUCAGCACGUGCACCCAGUGCUUGGGGACGACGCCGCGGAAGAUCUGACGGAGGCGUACCUCGAUCUGCGCCGUCUGGGGGGGAACAAAAAGGUCAUCACCGCUACCCCCCGCCAGCUGGAGAGCCUCAUCCGCCUGUCGGAGAGCCUUGCGCGUAUGCGCUUCUCGGAUACGGUGGAGUCGUUGGAUGUCAAGGAAGCCCUGCGGCUCCUUCGCGUGGCGAUGCAACAAGCUGCCACGGACCCCACUACCGGCGCGAUUGACAUGGACCUGAUCACGACCGGUGUGUCCGCAAGCGAGCGAUCGAAGCGCGGGCAAUUAACGAUCGCCUUACGUAACUGGAUUCUGGACAACGUGCGGGAGGGGUCGGGGCCAAUGAGGGUCAGCCAGGUCUUUGACAACAUCAAGCAGCAGAGCUCGGUCGACGUGUCGGCGGCGGAGGUGCGGGAAGCGCUGGCCCCCCUCGCGACCGAGGGGCUCAUAAGCAUACAAGGAGACAGCGUGCGGCGCUUGUACUAAGGCCAGAGCGAUCGGCCAUGCAAAGCCUUGAGGGUUUGAGCGGCGUUUUGUCUCUGCUGUAAUGGUGUAAUGGUUAUUUGCGAAGUUGAAAAUGAGGAUCGAAGAAGGUUGACUCGAUUUGUUGGACGACCAUUACAAAGCGGAUAGGAGUUGAGACAAGAGUUCAAUGGAGACCGCGAAAUACAUCGAUUGCAGUUACCAACAUUCUGCGCAACACUUGAUGACCGCGCACUUGAUGAACCAGGGGACAGGUCCUUUUACACGAUACCAUGCAAUUCCCUUUGAACUUCACUUGCUUCCUUUUGAUAGAUUCUGAUUUUCAACGUGACCGCUAUUUGCGC